AUGAAGGCGUCUACCGUGAGUGAUGACGGGCUCAUAGAGCCCCAAGCAUCCCUCAUGAGAAGUGGAAAUCAAGCAGUCAUGGCAAAUUUGGCCGUGCGGCAUCAAGUCCAGCGACAAGACCUCUCGGCUGACAAGACUCCUCAGCCACCGAAAUCAAAUGCCAUCUCAUUAGCCCAGAUGUUUGAGGGAGUGCUGGACUUAAGAGACAGGGAACUUAGAGGAGUCGAUUGA